AUAAGACAGAUUUUCAACUUGCACUUCAAAAUGAUAAUUUAUUUCAUCCAAUAUCAAAAUCUCCAAUAAAGAGUCUUCGAGAACGAGGCGAAUUAAUCAGAAAAUUCGGUAAAUGUCCGGCUUGCGAAGGACUAGCUAAAGAGAAUCAAAAGAGACCAGCUUAUGAGUGUCCAGAUUGUGGAAUUCCUACUCAUUGUUCAGAAGAACAUUAUAAGCAUAACUUAAUUGAACAUAAAUUGCAUACAUGUAAAAUGUUAAGAGAAUUCAAUGAAGAUAUGCAUGAUUUAAUGAGUGGUAGAAAAAUGAAAGAAUUGGAGUUUCCGACCAUUGUUGACAUAAAAACACUUCGUCCCGCAGAAACGGUCCGAAUCUUUAUCGUUGGGGCCCGUGCCGAAGCACAAUUACCAUUACAUCUAUAUACACAACUUUCAUACUUAUUCCCGACCAUAACAUUGCAUUUUCAUUUUGUUGGUCCAGAAUCACUUCCACGUGGAAAUGAGCCACAUACAACACAUUAUAAUCAUUACCUUUCUUUUACAUGGAAAAAUUCUUUAUACCAUGAUUAUCAUGAUGCUGUAAAUCCAUUUGAUCCAUACUGUGACGUGUUCUUUCUUUUUCAUCCUGGAAUAGGUCGAAAUAACGGAAAAGAAUUAUGGGAGAAAACGAUUAAACAGUUAUUGAAAACUAAAUGCGCUAUUUUUAUUACCGGGUUUGAUGAAAAUGAUAUGAAAAACGAAAUUCAAGCAAUAGAGGAGGAUGAUACAUUUGAAUUCGAUUGGGUACUGGAACCAGGUGAAAAUGAAUUUAAAAGUUUGCGAAGAGACAUUGACACAGAGGACGUACGAAUUGGUGUCUAUCCAAAUUGGGGAAUUUUUGGAAUAAGAGGAAAAAGAUAUGAUGUACGUCACUAUGAGGAGGAUGGGGCAAUAGAAAUUAAAGAGGAGGAAGAUUUAGAGGAAACCGAAGAAAUAAAGAGAAUUGAAGCGGGCAGCACGACAAAGCAACAAAUUCGGCAUUAA